AUGAGAGCCCCACCGCCUUCCUCGUCCUCGUCCUCGUCCGAGCACCAGCAGCAGAAGAUUCUGCUCGGCGCACUCGAUCCCGCCGCACUACAAGAAGGCUCCCCCUCGUCCGCCGUCCGAUCUAGGCUGUCCACCAUCUACCACAACCUGCACCAGAUCGCAAAGGACAACAGCAUCUCCUCCGACUCGGGAGACUCAGCCGUAGCCUUCUCCUCUUCAUCCACAGCCUCGGCCCAGCGCACCUCGACAAACGACUCGACCGCCAGCACAAUCACCCCAGACAAGCUCCACCGCCUAUCCCAGGCCUCCACCCUCAGCGCAGGCUCCACCUCUUCGGGCCCCAGACCCACGUCGCUCUCCAUCGCAACCGCAGGCGACCAUGACGCUCCCACCUCCAUCCUCGGCCAGCUCACAGGAGCAGAGGGAAGCGUGGUGGACUCGCCUACCGUCCUCAAGGCCAACGACCCCUUCUUCUCCUCUCCGCCGCCCGCGACCCGUGCACCGCCCUCGUCGUUGCGCGCCGCCGUCGGUGCGCGAUCUCUCCACCAGUCCGCCCCGUCAAUGACCUAUGACGAUUUUGAGCUUCAAGAGUCCUGGAGGGCCAUUGCUCGAGAGCUCAAACCCAUUGCCGACGUGUUGAGGACGGAUCGCCUGCGAACUCCUCUCGGUUCCAGCAAGCUUCCGGCAGAGUGCAUCGCAGCGCUCAGGCUGUCGCUCAGCACCGCCGGCACCGACGCCGUCGUCGCUGCCCAGACCGAGAUCCUUCGCGUGCUGGCCAAUCUGUGCAUCGACCACGAAGCCAAUCGCGACACCAUGCACGCCCUUUCGGCCGCCACUGAGGUCGUCUUCUUUGUCGCACAGGUCGUUGCGCAGUAUUCCGACGCUCCCGGCCCGCUCUUUUCCGCAAAGGUCCUCUCGCUGCUGCGCACUUCGAUGGGCGCUGUGCUCAACCUCCAGCUCGAGCACAUCCCAACCCGCAAGGCGCUCCUCGUCGCCGAAAACCUGAGCACGCUCACGCUCGUCGCCUCCCAUCCAAAAGUGUACCUGCCGCUCGCCUCGCUUGCCAUCAGCCCCGAUGCGUUGCUUACGGAUGGCGAUCUCUUGGAGAGGGUCAAGCUGGGAUCAACCGUUUCGAGCUGGGCCUGGAGGGUCGUCCAGGAGGUCUGCGAAGACGAAAAGGAAGAAAAGCAGCAGGGCCUCGCGCGGCCUUCUUCGGACGACUCUCAGGACGACGAUGAUGACGCUGAGAAUCUGGCAAAGUCGCUGCUCAGCCAGCACAGCUUUGGCGAUCUCCUCCGGCCUUUCCUGCACUACACUCCGACCUCUACGGCGCCGACAACCUCGCUGGCUAACGCGCUUGGCGUCGAUGUCGACGACGUCGAGGAGCUCACCGAGACAGACGUCGAGAUCCUCGCCACCGUCAGCGAGCUCGUCGAAGGCUGCGCGAUGGAUGAAAAGGCCUUCCGGGUAGCUGCAGUCAAGGCGGGAGCCGCUGGCCCGCUCGGUCCCACCUUUGGCGGUCCCCGCGCAGCCAACGAAGCGGCGAGCCACUACCGCUCGCCGCUGGACCUCAUGAUGACUUUCGUUGAAGAAGCCCCCGUGCCGCGUCUUUGGAAGGUGUCCGAAUCGACCGAAUCCGCGUCGGACGUUGCGGUCGACGACGCUGAGCUGUCCGCCGAGGCGAUCAAGACGUUUGCCAAGGCCAAGGCCGCCCUGGCCCGCGCCGUCGUCGCCAUCGCUGGCGAAGACGUCAACAUGACGCGGCUCUUCGGCGAGAUCGAAGGGUCCGCUGGGGGGAUCGACACCGAGAUGGGCGGAUGGUUCAUCGAUCGGCUCAAGGCGUGGAUGCGCUACGAUGCCAAAGAGCGCGACGACCUCGUCAGCUGCGGCAUGCUGGCUCUCGGCAAUUUGGCCCGCACCGACGCCCACUGCCUAGCUCUAGUGCACCAGCACCACCUUGCGCCCUUCCUCGCUUCGUUGCUGUCGCCGAGCAACGACAUCAAGGUUUCGCAUGGCCUCGUCUCGCUGCUCAAAAACCUGUCGAUCCCGCCAUCGAACAAGACGGUGAUCGGAUCGCUCGGCGUCAUCCAAGCCGUCACGCCGUUCCUGGCCAAGGAAAAGGACAUGGUGCAGCCUCUGCAGUUUGGCACCGUCGGCCUGCUCAAGCAGCUGUGCGCCGGCGUGGCCGACAACGCCAUCCAGGUCGUCAGCACAUCACCCUCGCCGUCGUCGAGCGCAGGCGAGGCGGCAUCCGGCACGACUUUGACCGCGCUCCUCGAUCUCACCAAGCGGGUGGACGACGUUCCGACGCGUCUCGAAGCGACGCGGGUGGUGGUCAACAUCGUCAAGGCGCUCUGGUCGUCUGUGCCGGGCGGCGGCAUCUCGGCCGACAUUGCCGCGGCGCGCCAGGCAGUCGUACGCCGCGACGCCAUCCAGGCGCUGGCCGAGAUGGUGCGAACAAGCCCCAAGUACCCCAUCCUCGUUAACGAGGGCAUCUUCGCGCUGACGCUGGUGGGCAGUGAACGGGUUGGGGCCGAGCUCGUGGCCCAGUCGCUACUGCACGAGCCGGCACGGCCAUCGCCAGACAGUGACGAGGAUGAGACGAUGGAGGGCAGCGGCGAUCCGAAAGCAGCAGCAGCGGCAGCGACGCGGCGCCGAUCGACGCAGGACUCGGCUGCCUCGACCGGGUCGCACCCUCUGCCCCCACCGCCCGCCGCGGUCGACAUGAUCUGCUCGGUACUGGCAAGGCGAGAUGCGCGGAUGCCACCGCAGUUUGCCGCAAACGCAUGCAUGCUGCUGCUGAGCCUGCUGCAAGCUAUCGAGGGAGCGGCAGAGGCGAGUGAGGACGCCGAGGGGCGGAUGGCCGAGGAUGGCCAGGCAACGGACGCCGUCAAGCAGGUGGCGGUGCGGACCCAGUCGGCGCUUAAGCGGCUGCAGAGCCACGGGCCGACGGAGGCACUCGAUGCCGCGGCCAGGGCGUUGCAGGCUGUCAACGCCGUCAUCGGGGCAUGA